AUGAACACGAGCCCAGGAGAUGGCACGCUCCUCGGUCGCAUCAUGCGGAGCGCCAGCGCUGUGUCCUUGCCACUGCCGUCGAUCAACUUCCCGACGGCCUUCUCGGCGCCGGCCCUGGCCACCAUGGACGAGCAUGACGAAGCGCGUCCAGCUGGAGCGAGCGGCGGCUUCCCAUGCUUGAAGAAAGGCCGGCUUCUCGUCGAGGUCGAUGGCAUCCAGCGGCAAUGGGAGCCAUGUACUGUUGCACUUGUUGGUACAGACGUCUCGAACCUUGCUCUGCACUACACUGCCGACGCCACCGAAGGCAAGACAGCCAUCGUUCGUCUGCACAGCGCAACGAUCGACCUCAUGGAAGAAAUUUUCAGCGUCAUCACACUGGAACAGACAUGGUAUCUCUGCGCCGAGAGCCAGCGCGAGGCGGAGGAGUGGGCCGACACCAUUUGCGGCGCGCUCGAGGCUGCGGCCGGGCGGUCGCCGUCGUCGACGCCCUUGACGAGCCGCCGACGGCGGCUGUCAUCGCAUGUAACGGCGUCGACUGUCAAAGAGAUCCAGACCCGCGACGUGUGGACACGCGUCGAUGAGUUUGUGGAGAUUUACGUCCGAUCCAACCACCACGACAUUCAUCGCCAAGCGACGCGUGGCGCGUUCUCGUGGUCGUGCUUGCGCAACCUCACAUGGCGACUCUGGCUCAGCGUGCUACCGCAAGUGGCGUCGUUCGAGGCAUGGGUACCGACAACGCAGGUUGCACGCGUCCGGUACGCGCAGCUCCAAGACCGCUAUGCGUUUGAGCUGCCAGCUGGCGUUGACGACGACAGUGAAGACCCGUGCUUUUACGAGGCAGUGCCAUCGCCAAAGGAGCCGACGUUGCUGCUGCACAUGAUACAGCGUGAUGUGGUGCGCACGCGAUGCGCAAUGCCAUACUUUCGCGAGCCCGAUACACAAGCCAUGCUCAUUCGGAUUCUCUUCAUUUAUGCCCAGGAGCACUCGGACAUGGGCUACCACCAAGGCAUGGGCGAACUCCUUGCCGUCAUGGUGUAUCUCUUGUACAUUGAGCAGUUUCCGCUUGCAGUCGCACCCAGCAGUAUACCGGACGGUCGAUGGUCCUUUGAGAACAUCUCGGUCAUUCACGGCGCGCCCGUCGACGAAAAUGGCGCGUGGGACGACAACUCUUAUGUGCACGUUGACGUCGUCGACGUCACCCGCGCACCGUCGAUCCUUGAGAAGGGCCAGUUUCUCGACAGACGUCCGUUCUCAUCCGACGAAAGCAAGCCCACGACUGCGUGCAAGGAGGCGAUUGUCGAGCUUCUCCAAGCAGUCACGUGUGGCGACUGCAUCGAGCACGACGCAUAUGCUAUCUUCGAAGCGCUCAUGGAUCGCAUGACGGGCGUGUUUUGUCCCACCGAGAGCCACGGCUGCUCCAGCUUACACAUGCAGUUGGAGCGAAUCCAAUACGACCUGCUCACGCGCUUGGACCCCGCGCUGUCGCUCCACUUGCGUGAGCUGCAGGUGCUACCUGAAGUCUUUCUCCUCAAAUGGGUCCGUCUGCUCUUUGCGCGCGAGUUCCAAAUGUAUCAGGUGUGGGCUUUAUGGGACGCGAUCCUCAGCGUCUCGUCCGACGACCUCAGUUUUGUACAUUACCUCUGCGUCGCCAUGCUCCACGAGGCGCGCGAUGAGAUCUUGGCGCAAGAUGAUGUCGCUGGUGUUCUUCAGUGCUUAAAAGAGACGUCCGUAUCGUAUGGCAAGCGACCAAGCGCAUUGACAAGCUCGGCAGCCCCCGUGCACGAGACGUACCGCCACUUCCUCGUAGACUGCGACUUCAUCAAGGACGUGUGGAGCACCCUCCACGCGGUCACGGCCCCCUUGGGUGUAGUCUUGCCGACAACACUCUUGGGCUACCUCUCCUCGACGCCGAAGACGGCCUCCAACAUGCACCGAGCCGCGUUCCGCUACCUCUGGCCAGUGCUCUGCGCCUGCGUCUGGUUGAACGUCUAGCGCGUCCGAAACGAUCGCGUCUUAUCGCCGACCUCCCACUGCCAAGUCCAUGGACGAUUGCCGCCAAGGCGGCGCGUGUCGCUCAAAUGCACUUGCACCACAGCCUCGUUCAAAAUCCCGGGCAGAUGGCUCUACGUCGCCUUCUCCGGCUCCUCGCUCAACACGAGUGGCCGCGCCAGCACCUUGUCCCGCGGAUCGCGCUCCUGCCUCCGCCGGCCUAGAUCAAGAUCAACACCAGCGCCUGCACAACGAAGAAGGUUCGAUAAUUUUAUUCAGACUUAGUGUUGAUUU